AUGUGGUUUGUCCGCUGUGUCGCGACUCUCUCUCUCUUGUUGCAGUCUUUGCUGCAUUGUGUUGUUGUUCGCCUGAUACGCGUCUUCUGCCUUGGAAUGCUACCGGUGCAAAGGGCAAUAAAGGAAGGGGCUGCUGGGCUUUGCGUAUCCGCUCAGCAGAGAGGCGCCAUGGCUACAAUACGGCGGCGGGUACCUCGCUUUUUCACUAGCGCCGCUUUUACAGAGGAAGUUGGUCGUGGCCUUUUAACGUUUGCGCACCUUCACGGUCUUAUGAGUAAUGUAUGGGUGCCGAAAAGGUUGGUGGGGAACUUCAAGGCAGAUGUGACACUUCUCCCCAAUGCCAUUAUUUGGGAUGUGUCACUUACACCAGGCUGCGGCGCCACUGACAUGAAAGCCAUUGAACUUUGA